AUGUAUGUGAAAUGGUUUGAUACAGUAAUGUUUUACUAUGUGAUUUUAGUGAAUGUCACUUUUUGUCAUUUUCAAAUCUCCCGCCGUUCUGUCCCCCGUACGUCCCAACGCUUGCAGGGAAUGUAACCCAGAUGACUGAUGCCUGGCAUCCGCUGGAUUACAUUGCUGGGGACACUGCAGGAGGGACAUUGCGGGAGCAAAGGACAAGGUAAGUGAUCGAGGGAUCACGGAGGAGCGCUGUAUGGUAAGCCUAAGUGUAGCUCGGGGUUAACGCUUGUGGCUACACUCGGGAAUACCGCCAGGGAGGUUAAG